UGGUCAGCGGCUGCGCUAACGGAGUGUCUGCCGAUCCAGAGUUCAAGACUGCGGGCGCCGCUGACUUCUGAAUAACCCUCCGCGGAGAGGAGGGAGCUCGGCUCACCCUUAUAUGACCCCGCACCACUAAGAAAGAUCUAGGGGGCUACCAGGGGGUCUCUGAUCCAGCACUCACAGAUUGUACAUGAACCAAUUCAAAUGACAGACAAGGCGUGAAUUAGUCUACCCUCACAAAAAUGUAAGGCGAUAUUACAUUUGCUUUCCAAAGGCAUCCAAACCAGCGUGACGUCCCGAACCCAUAAUGACUUGCAACAUGAUAAAAUAAAGCCUAGUUGAAACCAGAAAACUUUCCUCGUUUGCUCAGUCAGAGUAGGCUUACAUGCUGUCGUGAAACUUAAUAAAUAAAUAAAUACAUAUCUCAGGAGGCUACCAAAAAAAAUACCAUUAUGAAAAGAAAAAAAAUAAAGAAAAUCUGGAUGUCAGUAAAAUAACGAUCCAAAGCCAGAUUUGCACCAUAAUGUUUCUGAUGUUUCAUAAUGUUCAUGAAAAUGUGCAACUGUUCUCCCUGCAUGUAUGUAUAGCCUCGAGUUGCAACACAGUCAUAAACAGCCACCGUGGUGAUAUGGAUGAAUGUUGUCAUUGGGAGAAGCCCUCCUCUCACCACCCCCUCGCAGGGCCCCGCGUCAGUGAGCUGCGUUGAAGACUGUUUCACUUGGGCCGAGGAGCGGAACUCUGUGAGAUGCUGCCGUGUGGGACGGCUAAACUACCACAAACACUACGGGAAAAGACACGGGAUUCAUUGCACUAUGGAUAAUAAUGACGCCUACUUACACCUAAACACCUCAGUGUCCAUGAGUGGUGGUGGUGGUGGCGUGGGCCACCCGUCCGUCAUCAGCUCGUCGCGGCCGCUGGCGUCUCCCAUGAGCACCCUGGGCUCGCCCAUGAACGGCCUGGCCUCCCCCUACUCCGUCAUCACCUCCUCGCUCGGCUCGCCCUCCAUCUCACUGCCCUCCACGCCCGGCAUGGGCUUCAGCUCGCUGCACAGCCCACAGAUGAACUCUAUGAACAACGUGAGCUGCUCUGAGGACAUUAAGCCCCCUCCUGGUCUGUCUAUGGGGAACAUAAACUACCAGUGCACCAGCCCCGGCGGAUUCUCCAAACACAUCUGUGCCAUCUGCGGAGACCGCUCCUCAGGGAAGCACUAUGGGGUAUAUAGCUGUGAAGGCUGCAAGGGUUUCUUCAAGAGAACCAUCCGGAAAGACCUCACCUACACUUGCCGAGACAGCAAGGAGUGUCUUAUCGACAAACGCCAGCGCAACCGCUGCCAGUACUGCCGCUACCAGAAGUGCUUGGCCAUGGGCAUGAAGAGAGAAGGUGUGUCCGUACAGGAGGAGAGGCAGCGCUCCAGGGAGAAGAGCGACAAUGAAGUGGAGUCCACCAGCAGUUUCAACGACGACAUGCCUGUGGAGAAGAUCCUAGACGCCGAGCUCGCCAUCGAACCCAAGACAGACGCCUCCUACGCGGAAGGAGGAUCCGGCAACUCGACAAACGACCCUGUGACUAACAUCUGCCAGGCGGCAGAUAAGCAGUUGUUUACUUUGGUGGAGUGGGCCAAACGCAUCCCACAUUUCUCAGACCUCCCACUGGACGACCAGGUCAUCCUUCUACGCGCAGGAUGGAAUGAGCUCCUGAUCGCCUCCUUCUCUCAUCGCUCGGUGACGGUGAAGGACGGGAUCCUGCUGGCCACCGGUCUGCACGUGCACAGAAGCAGCGCUCACAGUGCAGGGGUGGGCUCCAUCUUUGACAGGGUACUAACUGAGCUGGUGUCGAAGAUGAAGGACAUGCAGAUGGACAAGACGGAGCUGGGCUGCCUAAGGGCUAUUGUCCUCUUCAAUCCUGAUGCCAAAGGCCUGUCCAACCCUCUGGAGGUGGAGGCGCUGAGGGAGAAGGUCUACGCCUCGCUGGAGUCGUACACCAAACAUAAAUACCCAGAUCAACCUGGCAGAUUUGCCAAGCUGCUGCUGCGGCUGCCUGCUCUGCGCUCCAUCGGCCUCAAGUGUCUGGAGCACCUGUUCUUCUUCAAGCUCAUCGGGGACACGCCCAUCGACACAUUCCUCAUGGAGAUGCUGGAGACGCCGCACCAGAUCACAUGACCCUAAGCCCCUCCCCCACCCUUUUUCUUUUCUUUCUGUUUUUUUUUUCUUUUGCUGAGCACACGCCCAGCGUGGCAGCCUUCGCGUGGAGUAGAGGUGGCGGCUGUAAACUACAUGUUUUGUACCAAGCACAAAAUUAUUGAAAAAUGUGAAGGUUUGUAUGAAGAUGAGGUGUCGGGUCUGGGAGAAGGGGGGCUGGGAGGUGGGUGGGUGGGGUUGUGUUGAGGAACACUGUUGAAAUUUAAUUUUAUUAGAUUUGUUUGUAAACUUGUUUAAAAGUGGAAAAGAAAAAAAUACAUUUUUUUUUGUGUAAAUAGAUGAUUUCAGGUAUCCGUGCUAACAGCAAUUCAAUGCAAUAAUGAGAAUUUAUUUUAUUCAAAGAAUAAGUGUAUAAAACAAAAAAAAACUAAAUUUCUAAAACAAAAUGCUUUUUAGAAUUCUGUCUAAAUAAAAAAUAUUUAAAUUA